AUGUCGAGUAAAAUCAGGUCAUUGUUUCAGGGAUUCCGGUCCUCUCUAGAUGGGGAGAGGGGAACGUCUGAAGCUUUCCCCGGCGAUGGUAGCAGCAGUCCUGCUACCAGCACAAGUACUAGUACCCAUGACUCGAGUCCGGCGGCGAUUGCAAGAAGGGCUCCACCAACCCCACCAGACGAAAAGGAUAACCACCACCAUCUGAAAACCCUUCAACGCCUCCAGAAGGGCAUUCCUAUCAAUCCAAAAAACUCCUCCUCCUCCACUGACGGCAACAACCACAGCCACUACGAAGACUACGAAAACACUGAGGACAUGACAGACGCGCAGCAAACUGAAGUGAAUGGGCUCGCCCAUAGCGUCUCCCACACGCUAAGCUUGUCCAAUUCGCCCUCCUCUACUUUCCACUCUCCGGUGGGCUCCUACAGCUCUAGGACUACGCUCAACCGACCUUCGGGAAAACAAUUGAAGCCGUUCAACACGCAGGAUAUUAAAAUUGUUCUUCUCGAAAACGUUAACAUCGCGGCAAGAGAGAUUCUAGAAUCUCAAGGUUACCAGAUUGAAUUUCACAAAUCUUCCUUACCAGAGGACCAGCUUAUCGAGAAGAUUCGGCAAGUGACUUUUCUUUGUUCUGUUCCCGUUCCCUCUCUUCCGGUCAUUUUUUUUUUCUUUUCUCUCGUGCUCCCAUGCCGAUUUCGUCAUACCCCAUGUCAAGCCAAGUCCCUGGAAAAUGUUACCGAUACUUGCCAAAGUCAAAAGUAUGUCCCGACCCUUACCUAGGCACAAAGGAUUGAAUCAUGCCUUGCUCGCAAAAAUCGAAACUCACCCCUCACAACCUCUCAACAUCAGGGAUAUUUGAUUUAUGAGUAAUAGCCAUCAACAGAAUUCCCCUGUCGUUACGGCCGCUAGAUGGGAGUAAUUGCUAUGUUGCCACCUCGGGGACGGACUUUUGGCUUUGGCUUUGGCGAGCAGUGAACCUGCGUGACAUGAGUGGGGAGAUAGAGGGGGAUAUAGGGCAUUCGGCUAAUUUUGAGUCUUUUAAAACAAACAGGGACGUUCAUGUUAUUGGGAUCCGCUCAAAGACCAAACUCUCUGCAAAGGUGCUGCGUGAAGCGAAGAAUCUGCUUGUGAUUGGGUGCUUUUGCAUUGGAACCAAUCAGGUGGAUCUCGAGUAUGCUGCUAAGCAUGGUAUCUCUGUCUUCAACUCCCCGUUCAGUAAUUCCAGGAGUGUUGCCGAGCUCGUCAUCUCUGAAAUUAUUGCUCUGGCGAGACAGCUCGGCGAUCGUUCGAUGGAGAUGCACAAUGGCACCUGGAAUAAAAUUAGUGCUAAAUGUUGGGAGAUCCGUGGAAAGACAUUGGGCAAGUUUUCAUUCACUCCGGAAAUUAUCUCCUGGAUGCGGCCACUAACGAAGCUUUUAGGGAUUGUUGGAUAUGGCCAUAUCGGAUCACAACUGUCGGUUUUGGGCGAGGCUAUGGGAAUGAGGGUUCUUUAUUACGAUGUCAUUCCUUUGAUGGCCCUUGGUACCGCUAAGCAGGUCCCUACCCUCAAGGAUCUGCUCGAACAGGCCGACUUUGUCACUCUUCAUGUUCCGGAAAUUGCUGAGACUAAGGACAUGAUUGGAGCCGAGCAAUUGGCACAAAUGAAGCGUGGGAGCUACCUCAUUAACGCCAGUCGUGGAAGCGUUGUCAACAUUCCCGCAUUGAUGUCAGUUUGUCUAAAUUUCUCCAACUUUCAAUACGCCGGUGACUGAUAGCCAUGACAUGAAAGUGAAUCCAUGCGUUCUGGGCAUACCGCGGGUGCGGCCCUUGACGUCUACCCAAGUGAGCCGGCGGCCAAUGGCGACUAUUUCAAUGACACGCUCAAUUCCUGGGGUAACGACCUGAGAUCUCUGAAGAAUCUUAUUUUGACCCCCCACAUUGGUGGAAGCACUGAGGGUAAGUCGUCUUAUGUCAUGGCUUUAAAAUAAUUGGGGCUAAUAUUUAGUCUCAGAGGCUCAGAGCGCAAUUGGUAUUGAGGUUGGUGAAGCACUGGUCCGGUAUAUCAACUCUGGAAGCACUAUUGGUAAGUCCCUACGGCGUUCGCAAUGAAUGGAAAACUGAUGCCUUUUAGGAUGCGUUAAUAUGCCGGAAGUGACCCUUCGUUCUCUCACUCUUGCAGAGGAGAACCAUGUCCGUGUUGUCUUUAUCCAUAGCAACAGGCCCGGUGUUUUGAGACAAGUCAACUCUAUUCUUGGGGACCACAACGUGGAUAAACAGAUGAGUGAUAGCCGUGGCGAUGUUGCAUAUUUGAUGGCCGACAUUAGUGAUGUCAAUGCUGGUGACAUCCGUAGCCUCUACGAGAGCUUGGAAGCUCUGAGCUGUAAGUUGAUUAACCGAGAUACUCAUGGGAACACACUAACGUUCUUUGCAGCUAAAAUAAUGACAAGAGUUCUGUAUUAG